GAUGGCAUUAGACUCUACCAUGAAGCUUUUGAUAUACUGCUGCUUGUUGGCGGCUGCUGCAAACGCCGCCCCUCAAGGGUACAAUGUGGCCACACCCUCUGGUCCACGGUUCUCUUCUGGCUCUGGGUUCUCCGGUGGCUCUUUUGGCGGUGGGUUCUCAUCGGGUGGCUCUGGCUUCUCAGGUGGCUCAUCGUUUGGUUCGAGUUUCUCUUCAGGAAGUUCAGGGUUCUCUGGUGGCUCUGGCUCUUAUGGAGGUGGGGGAGGUGGGGGCAGCUGUGGUCCUGGACAGGUCCGUCAUGUGGACGGCAGCUGUGUGACUCCUCAGGUCACUCGCAACUUGUAUGUGUACACCGUCCCUCCAGCAGCUCCAGUAGUGGGCCCACGACCAAACGUUCCUCCACCAAGAGUUGAACACAAUGUUAUCUUCAUUCGCACCCCAGAGAACGGCCCUGGCCAGGAACCCAUUGUCGUGCCACCACCACAAACAAGGAACGUCGUGUACGUCCUCAACAAGCGACCUGAAGGAGACCAGCAGGUCAUCCACGUACCAGCACCAGAACAAGAGACUCCUGAGGUGUUCUUCAUCAACUACGGUGAGGGAGACAACCCAACUCUGCCCACCGGCGAGGACCUCCAGUCUGCCCUCAACUCUGCUACCCAGGGUGGCGGCAAUGUCAUUGGUAGCACCGGAGGCGGUAUUGGCGGUGGGUCUGGUAUCAUUGGUGGUGGUAGCAGGGGCGGCGGCGGCAUCAUUGGCGGUGGCGGCGGUGGCAUCAUUGGUGGUGGAGUCGGCGGCGGCGGCGGCAUCAUCAUUGGUGGUGGCGGCAGCGGCGGCGGCGGCAUCAUUGGUGGUGGCGGUGGUGGUUACAGUCCUCCCUCAUCAUUGUAUUCACAGCCAUAGUCACGGUCUUUAUUCCUCUAUAUUGAUGUGAAUAAUUUUGUCAAGUGACUGCAUCUAUCCUCUCCAAUAUGUUGAUUAUUGUUACAAAGUAAUUCAGGCUCAGUUGAUUUCCUUGAAUUACUGAUUUUCUUUUGUUUAUUAAAAUUAUAUAAAAAUAAAUGAGUUAUACA